AAUCAGCGCAUAUAAAUACCGCCAGCCGGACCAGUGGCAAGUCAGUUCACUUCCGAUCUCACUCUCGAGAGGUUGUGGAGCAAGGAGGAGGAGCAGCGACAGCGACCGCGAGUUAGUGAGCGCGAAAGGGAAGAGACACAGUCCGUUCGCCAUGACGUCAUGGCGGCUGUUGGCAGCACUAGCGCUGCUGGGCGCCGUGCUCGUAGUGUGCCAGGCCCGCGAUCUGCGCGCUGCCGGUGACGGUAAGGAAGAGGACCAGGCUGUGGCGGCCUCCGACCUGGAGGCUGCCGCCAGCCACCACGGCCACCACCACGAGAAGGGCGGCGGCCACAAGCACCACUCGGAGCAUCACUCCGAGCACGGCGGCAAGGGCGACAAGGGCUACAAGAGCCACCACCACCACGACCACGGCGACCACGGCGACUACGGUAAGGAGCACCACGGUGGCCAUUACGCCGAGCACGGCGGCCACAAGAAGAGCCACCACGAUGAGGCCGGCCACUACGGCGAGCACCACAAGGGCGAGAAGGGCCACAAGGGCGCCCAUUUCGGGGAGAAGGGCGGCCACAAGAAGGGCCACAAGACCCACGGCUACCACCACAAGGCGCACAAGGACGAGUACCACAAGGAGCACAAGUUCUACGACGACCACCACAAGGGCGGACACCACAGCAAGUACGGCGACUUCCACGAACACCACGACAAGAAGCACGGCGGUCACAAGAAGGGCGGACACCACCACUCCGGUUACCAUGACGACCACUACGGCAAGAAGGGCCACCACGACAAGGGUCACUACCACGACGACCACCACGGCCACAAGGGCCACCACGGCCACGAGUCUCACCACGCCCAUCACGAGGACUACGGAAAGAAGGGCGGUCACUCUGGUGGCAAGCACUACGGCUUCAGCAGCGGCAGCGGGGGCGGUGGAGGCGGCGGAGGCGGUCACGGCGGACACGGCGGCGGCGGCGGCGGCGGUGGUCACGGACACCAUUAACUCCCUGCACACAGCCACUGUCACAUCAGUGUGUGACUGCUUGUCAGCAGUUGUUUCCUGUGUAGCAACAUACGUCUGCCUUGUGUUGAUCAGCAACAGCGUCACAUAUCAUCUACCUUCCAUACUACCAAAUGUGCUGACGUCAACUAACGGGAAGAUGAUCUCGCAGUGAUUUGUUAUUUAUUUUUU